GUCAUGGCCAAGGUCUCUCUCAAGGACACUGAAAUGGAAACGGCAGCAGAUUCAGCUCCGAAUCUUGGGCAGACCCUGGAGUGGCUAAGGAAGGAGUUGGCUGAGAUGCAGAUCCAAGACCAACAGCUUCUGCUCACACUGCGUCAUCUUCACAGCCUCCUGGAAGAGCUGCGAGCUGAGAGUGCCCACUGGGAGGAUGCCAGGGCCAGCCAAGGCAUGUCACCUGUCCGAGCUCGACUGGGCUCUGAGAGCAGGAGCUGCCAACCCUCCUCACUGAAGGGGCUAGCCCAGCUCCUCCGAGGGGAAGAGAAUAGACGAAGCUCCCUUCCUUAACUGGCCAGAGCCACCACACUCACCUUAAACCCUCGCAUUUUGUGGGGAGAGUGUUAGAAUGAGAGUCCUGAAGUCAGAGCUCUGCGUUUAUCUCUGCCCUCAUCUGCUGUGUGUCCUUGUAUGCAUCACUCAACUUCUCUGUGUCUCUAUUACUCACCAGAGUCUUUUGAAUAGCAUAAGUUAUUGGAUGUUAACAUGACUUAAACAUACCACCCUGAGGGCUGGAGAGACGGCUCGGUGGUUAAGACAGUUGUCUGCAAAGCCUAACCUCCUAGGUUCAAUUCCCCAGUACCCAU